AUGGCAAGACGUCAGCCUUCUGUUACUUCGCUAUCCAGAUAUGCGACGGGCAAGUCGCCGAACACUGAUCUGUUUAACGGGAACAAGUCGAGGGACUUCUGCAAUGCGUUCUGGGGCCAGGGGGAUGCUGGGGUGAAUGUGCUGCUCGCUAGGAUGAGAGGUGCCGCACGCACUAUGGAUGAGCUGAGGAACUUCUGGAAGCAGAGGUCUCUCAUAGAGGAGGAGUAUGCAACGCGACUGGCCAGCUUAGCGAAAACGACGCUCGGAAAGGAUGAGAUUGGGGAGAUGCGCGCUGCGCUUGAUACGUUGCGGGCAGAGACCGACAACCAAGCGGGAUACCAUCUUGCUCUUGCACAUCAAAUUCGGAACGAAAUCGAGGUUCAAGUCGCUGCCUUUUCGACGAAGCAGUCGCUGCACAAGUCAACGUUCCAAGUCCCUAUCGAGAAGCGAUUCAAAUCCAAAAUCACACAUGAAGCUUAUGUUAACAAAUCACGAGAGAAAUUCGAGAGUGAUGUUGCGCGCAUCAAUGCCUUUACUCAAUCGCUCAACGCCCAGCGUGCGGACCCGGCGACGAGCCCAAGAGACGUCGAUAAGUUGCAGGCGCGGCUCACAAGAGCUCAGCAGACGGUUCAGGCUAACGAGAAGGAUUACGCCGGCUUUGUGAGAGCUCUGAGCGAAAUUUUACCGCGAUGGGAACAAGAGUGGAAGGACCACUGCGAUCGCUGUCAGGAUUUGGAGGAGGAGAGACUAGAUUUCAUGAGGGAGAAUAUAUGGGCAUACGCGAACGCCGUUUCGACACUCUGUGUCUCAGAUGACCAGUCAUGUGAGAAGAUUCGAGUCGCUCUGGACGCAUUCGAAGUCGAAAAGGACAUAGAGAACUUUGUUCAAGAAUACGGCACUGGAAGCGUACCACAAGACGCGCCAGGUCAAUCCAACGGCGUAAAUGGUACAAGUCCGGUAUCCCACCAACCAUUCGAGCGAGUUUCGCACCGCGCGAAAGGGAAUCCUGAACCGUCUGAUCCACUCCCUGCUGCUCCCGUAUUCACACCGCCCAACGUACCCGCUGUCACUGCAUCCCCUCCGUCGAAAUAUCCGCCGCAGCAACCACCUCCGCAAUCAUCACCACCUCCAUUGCCACCCCAACCGCCGGCUCCUGCCCCUACGACUACGACUGCUAUUCAGCAACCAAGUCAAUCUCGGGAAAGGGAGAACGGAAGCACUCGAAGACCCGCCGGUGCGUUGUCCGCAGUUGAGCCGCCGAGGUCGAACUUGCCCCCACCAUCCGAACCUUCGCCUCUCUACGAGGCAAGCCCUUCACUAGCAGCAGCCGACGUCCCCAUCUUAUUUUACGUGAAAGCUCUGUAUGAUUACCAAGCCACGACGCCUGAAGAGUUUGAUUUCCAAACGGGCGAUGUGAUCGCCGUCACCGCCACGCCCGAAGACGGAUGGUGGAUCGGCGAACUGCUUGAUGAAAAUAGGAGGGAGCCGCGACGUAAUGUCUUCCCCAGCAACUUCGUUUGUUUAUUCUAA